CUUAGCUAAGUAAGGGCAAAAAAACAUGGCAGGCACUGACGUAGAACAGCAAUUCCAUGGCGAACUUUCUCACGCAGAGACCCAAACAACAAGCAGCAACGAUUCCAAACGAGGGGGUUGGAUUACCUUCCCCUUCAUCGCAGUUGGGGUGAUGGGGCUGACGUUGGCGUCUGCGGGAUGGACAUCAAACCUGAUCGUCUAUCUGAUCGAAGAGUUCAACGUGAAGAGCGUCGACGCCGCCCAGAUCUCCAAUAUCGUCAACGGUUGCACCAGUCUCUUCCCCGUCGCCGGUGCCAUUCUUGCCGACUCCUUAUUCGGUUGCUUCUCCGUCAUCAUCUUCUCCUCUAUUGUCUCUCUUCUGGGUAUAAUUCUGUUAACUUUAACGGCGAUGCUACACUCCCUUAGGCCUUCACAAGGAGAAACCCCAUCAACACUUCAACUUGGGGCUCUGUACAGUGCCUUAACGCUGGGAUCUAUAGGGAUUGGGGGCACGCGCUUCACUUUAGCAACGAUGGGUGCAGAUCAGUUGACAAAGUCAAAGGAUCAAGGGGUCUUCUUCAACUGGUUUUUCUUCACUCUCUAUGUUGCUUCCAUUAUCAGCUCCACGGCUAUCGUCUACGUAGAGGAUAACGUUGGUUGGGAUUGGGGGUUUGGGUUAUCCGCCGCUACUAACGCCGUCGGUUUGGCCGUUUUCUGGGUGGGAAAACGGUACUAUCGUAGUAUGAAGCCUAAGGGGAGCCCUUUCGUAAGCUUAGCUCGGGUUGUGGUCGCCACCAUUCGAAAGUGGAAGUUAGUAGUAUUGGUGUCUUCCCAAAGCCAGCAAAGUAAAGAUGAUUCUUAUUACUACGGCAAAGCUGAGGUUGCUGAGUUGCCUUCUUCAGCUCCCACUCCAAGCUUCAGAUUCCUGAACCGUGCAGCUCUAAAAACCGAAGGUGACACUGGACCGGACGGCUCAAUAGCAAAGCCGUGGAGGCUAUGCACGGUGGAGCAAGUCGAAGACCUCAAAACCCUACUCCGAAUCUUCCCUCUCUGGUCCAGCAGCAUCUUCUUGAGCACCCCAAUCGCAAUCCAGCUCAGCCUCACAGUCCUCCAAGCACUCACAAUGGACCGCCACCUUGGGCCCCACUUCCAAAUCCCUGCUGGCACCUUCCCCGUCUUCUCUCUCAUAUCUACUUGCGUCUCCAUCUCCAUCAUCGACCGUUUCCUUCCACCCACGUGGUACACACUCACCGGUCGAUCACUAACCCCUCUUAAACGAAUAGGGCUCGGCCACGUCCUCAACUUCAUCGCCAUGGCAGGGUCUGCCCUCGUGGAGUCAAGGCGGCUGCAUGUGGUCUGGUCCCACCAACUCGAAAACCAGACCGGAUCAACCGUCGUCCCGAUAUCAGCAUUAUGGUUGGCAGUGCCGCUGAUCAUCGUCGGCGCCGGCGAAGCCUUACACUUUCCGGGACAGGUUUCUUUAUACUAUCAAGAAUUUCCGGAGGCGCUGCGGAGCACAGCGACCGCUAUGAUCGGGCUACUCAUCGCGGUCGGCUUUUAUCUAAGCACGGCAGUGAUUGAUUUGGUACGGAGUGUCACCGGUUGGUUGCCGAAUAAUAUCAACCAAGGGAGGAUGGAUAAUGUUUAUUGGAUGUUGGUCGUGAUAGGAGUGGCCAACUUUGGCUAUUACCUAACAUGUGCCAGGUUAUAUAAGUACCAAAAUGUUGAUGACCGGGACACCACCAGUUCUAGCUAGCUCAGAGUCUAGGGACCAAAAGGUCCAAGACCAAGAUUGAAGGAACAUGACUAGGGCAUUUUGGAAGUGUGGAACGGCUCUAUAGGACUAGUGAAACUUGUGUCACGAGUUGAGGUCUGAAUUGUAUUACAAAUGCUUUAGGGAGGAAGAUUCUGUCUAUCAUGUUUAUGAUAGAUUGGCCGAUUUUCACUCCUUGGCUUUAAGACCUUUGUUUGAGACCAAUGGCUGUGCACAAGCUCCUAAUCAGUAAAUUUCCAUUCUACCAAAUAAAAAAACUACCAAUUGGCCUUGAAAUAACUUGUCGAUCUUCAUUUUUUUUUUUUAUUGUUUCUUUAUUGCUAAAAUUGGUCAAUUUUUGUUUUUCGCCUUUACUGGAGGUGAUGUUUUGGUUUAAGAUAGUGGGUUCGAAAAAACUGGUUAAAGAUCCUAUUGUGAAUACUUCUAUUUUCCUAAUUUAAUGGUAAUUUUGUUUCUUAUAA